AUCCGUUCUGCACCUCGCUGUGUUCAGGACUAACAUCAUGGGGAGACUAGAUGCGCUUCGGCAGCUUCAUGUGAUCAAAUGGCUCAGAGAGGAGAGACAGUCGAGGAAGCUGAGUCUCUUCAUUGUUUUCGUGGCUCUGCUCCUGGAUAACAUGCUGCUGACUGUGGUCGUUCCCAUCAUUCCCAGCUACCUGUACAACCUGGAUGAGUCAACAGAUGUGACGUUGAAGAACAACACCCUGUCCCAGCAGGGUCCUCCAGCAGCCUUCCACAGCAUUGUGUCCUUAUACGACAACACCGUAAGGUCUUCAGGCUCCAACACCACAGCUAAGGCUACUGACCUGGUCCCCACAACUCCUGUUGCUACAAAACUGCCACAAAACUCCUCAGAGUGCCCCCAGUCUACCAGCAAGCUGCUCGAUGAGAAUGUCAAAGUGGGAAUGCUUUUCGCCUCCAAGGCCACCGUACAACUGAUCACCAAUCCCUUCAUAGGGCCACUCACGAACAGAAUAGGAUAUCAACUUCCCAUAUUUGCUGGCUUCUGUAUCAUGUUCGUUUCUACUAUCAUGUUCGCCUUCUCAUCGAGCUACACUCUGCUGUUUCUGGCCAGAUCCAUGCAAGGUGUGGGCUCCUCCUGCUCAUCUGUGGCUGGGAUGGGAAUGCUUGCGAGUGUGUACACAGAUGAUGAGGAGAGAGGCCAUGCCAUCGGUAUCGCCCUGGGAGGUCUGGCAUUGGGAGUGUUAGUUGGACCCCCGUUCGGCAGUGUGAUGUACGAGUUUGUUGGGAAGACCGCUCCUUUCCUUAUUCUGGCAUUCCUGGCUUUGUUUGAUGGAGCUCUGCAGCUCAUUGUUCUUCAGCCCACCAAGGUGGAACCAGAGAGUCAGAAGGGGACCCCGCUGUUGACACUAAUGAAGGAUCCAUAUAUUCUUAUCGCAGCCGGUGCCAUUUGUUUCGGAAAUAUGGCCAUUGCCAUGCUGGAGCCAACGAUGCCAAUCUGGAUGAUGGAGACCAUGUGUGCCAGGAAAUGGCAGCUAGGCGUCGCUUUCUUACCAGCGUCCAUCUCCUACCUUAUUGGAACCUACAUCUUCGGCACAUUGGCGCACAAGAUGGGGAGGUGGCUUUGUGCUCUCAUUGGAAUAACCGUGGUUGGAAUCAGUGUUAUAUGUGUUCCACUUGCUAAAGACAUCUACGGUCUGAUUGUUCCAAACUUUGGUGUUGGUUUUGCUAUUGGCAUGGUGGACUCCUCUAUGAUGCCUAUCAUGGGUUACCUGGUGGACCUGCGACAUGUGUCUGUUUAUGGAAGUGUGUAUGCCAUAGCUGAUGUGGCUUUCUGCAUGGGAUUUGCUUUAGGUCCAUCUAUCGGAGGAGCCAUAGCUGAGAGUAUUGGCUUCCCCUGGCUAAUGACCAUCAUUGGAAUAGUGGAUAUUAGCUUUGCUCCUCUCUGCAUCUUCCUCAGGAAUCCACCGGGACAAGAAGAGAAAAUUGCUAUUUUGAUGGACACCAACUGUUCAAUGAAGACAAGGUCCUACUCCACACAGGGGACGUACUACCAGGGUGAGAACAUGGAUCCAGAAUAUGACGAUUAUGAUUAACAGGACACCAGCCACGCAGGUUUACCCUUCAGAGGAUCUAUUUUGUUGUACAAAAAAGGAACACUGAAGAAAAAAACUGUAAUUUAACAAAACAGCCAUGAUAUUUCCAUGUGAAUGUCCUGCGUGUAGUCUUCACUGUUCUUUGUCCUCUUAGAAGUUUUACUGGAACAAACCAAAGUUGUUCUUGAUCUGUUGUUGCAAGCGCAUUGUGUGAAAGAUAUUUUUUUAGCCCACAGCCUUAUUCAGUAGAGAGAUGUGUCAAAAAGCACUUUUUAGGUGUUAGAAGGGUGCUGAGCAACAAGUUCGCUUUGCUG